AUGACCUUGCAGGAAACGACCCGCCUCCUCCUGCCUUCUUUAUUAUCGAUACCCUCUGCCACUAGCGUCGUACAUCACACUUCACAAUCCAUUCUCCUCUCAUUCAUCAUGAAGUUCACAAAUUAUCUCUUGACGACUGCAACGCUCGCAAGCAGUGUCCUAGCGGCUCCUGCUCCCCGCACCGGUUUGGAGGACAGACUCCGUGCCCGGUCAUUGCAGCGUCAAUCACAUCCUCUGGCACCUAUUCCACUUGACACAUCCACCAAAGAGAAUUCCAGACUCCUCGAAGCCGACGAGAAUACCACCCAUGUUACAUACAGCAGUAACUGGGCGGGCGCAGUGCGCGAGCAACCACCUCCGCAAGGCACGUAUUCUGCCGUGUCGGCAACCUUUCGUGUACCAGAACCCACGGCGCAAGGGGGGAGCGGAACGCAGGCUGGGUCGGCCUGGGUCGGGAUAGAUGGCGACACAUACAGCAACGCCAUUCUGCAGACAGGAGUCGACUUCUACGUGGAGAACGGGCAGACGUACAACGAUGCCUGGUAUGAGUGGUACCCAGACUAUGCAUAUGACUUCGACCUAGAUGUAAGCACAGGGGACACGAUCGUCGCCAAGGUGGAAGCCAUCUCGCCAAGUCAAGGUGUAGCCACUAUUGAGAACAUAUCGACGGGGAAGAAGGCCACGCAGACGAUCAGAGCCCCAGCUGCGACAGCUACCCUUGCCGGCCAGAAUGCCGACUGGAUCGUGGAGGAUUUCCAGUCUGGCGACUCAAUGGUCGAUCUGGCUGGUUUUGGCGAGAUCAGCUUCUGGGGCGUGCAAGCACAAGGAGGAGGGUCUACAUGGGGUGUAGAUGAUGCGACUAUUGUCGAACUGAAGCAGGGCAACGAAGUGUUGACAGACGUGGAGGUGCAAAGUGAUUCGGCCUUUACGGUGAAAUAUACGAGCUGAUGUGAUGGUAUAUGGUCGCACAUUCUCAUUCUUCGAUUAUCUUUUUCUCCUUUUGGCCGGUGACAUAAUUUCUGGUUGAUUUCGAAAAUCCCUUGAUGUAUUUCG